AUGUUGAUACUAUCGCCUUUGGUAUGGCUCAUAGCAAGCGCCUUACUUGUAUUUCGCCUAUUGUUCAGCCUGCGAUCACGUCGACCGAAAGGCACACAAGAUCUUCCUGGGCCUUCGGGACUGCCAUGGAUUGGUAGUGUUUUCGAUCUGAAUAAAGGCGAAGGCGGCUACUUCUGGUUCAAGUUCACAGAAUGGAGCAAACAAUUCGGACCCAUCUACCAAUACAAGACCUUUGGCAAGAUCAAUGUGGUUGUCAAUACAGAGAAGAUGGCAAAUGAUUUGCUGAGGGAGCGAGGAGAGUUCUACAGCUCCAGAGAGAGUCUCCCAAUGGCAUCUCAGCUGCUAAGUGAUGGAUAUAAGGCUCUUUUCCUUCCAUAUGGAGAGAAGUGGCGCCGAGUGCGAAAGCUGCAACAUCAUGUAACUCAGGUCAAUGCGGCAAAUUCGUACCAACCACUCCAGCAGCACGAAUCCGCUCGUAUGGUGAACGAUCUGGUCUCGAAUCCUGGAGAGUACAAGACACUAUUCCGUCGGUAUGCCUCCGCCCUCAUUCUGCGACUCACCUACGGCAUCGAAGUGCAGACAGGCAACGAAGACAUCGUCCGAUUGGUCUACGAAAACCAACUCAAUGUCGAACGUGUCUCAGCACCAGGCCAGUACCUGGUCGACGUGUUACCGAUCCUGAUGUGGCUGCCAACUUGGCUUGCACCAUUCAAGCAAGAGGCAAAGGCUCACCGCACGCGGGAGGUGAAUCUGUUCUCAAGCCUUGUGAAAGGUGUUGAGCAGGACAUAGAAGCAGGAAAGGCGGGACCUAGCUUUACUCGCACGUGGCUAGAGAACAAAGAAAAGUGGGCGCUUGAGGAUCUGCAAGGUAUCUAUGUUCUUGGAGGACUUUACUCAGCUGCCGCUUCCACGACUGCUUCUCUGGCAACGAGCUGGUUACUGAUGAUGGUUUUGCAUCCGGAGUGGUUCCAGAAACUACAGGCUCAAAUCGAUGAAGUUGUAGGACCUGAUCGACUGCCGCGGUACGACGAUCUUCCAAAUCUACCACUGUUGAGAGCAGUGGCAAAGGAAGUGGCAAGAAUGAGGCCAGUCACUGCCGGAGGCAUAGCGCACAAGUCCACGCAGGACGAUACUUACAAUGGCUACUUCAUUCCCAAAGGUAGCAUUAUUCAUCCGAAUCUGUGGGCUAUCCACCAUGAUCCACAACUCUACCCAGAUCCGUUCACCUUCAAUCCCGACCGCUGGCUAUCUCCAGACUUCCCCACCACGUAUAAAGAGCCUCUAACAAAAUAUCCAAACAUGAACAACUUCUCAGUUUUCGGUUUUGGCCGGCGUCUUUGUCCCGGUGGACACAUCGCGGAACGAAGCAUUUACAUUCUAUCUGCUCGUAUGGCAUGGGCUUGUAACAUUGAGAAAGCUACUGAUCCGAAGACUGGAGCACCAAUAACUCCUCCUGAGUAUAAUUAUGUCAAAGCGUUGAAUACCGAACCUCAUCCGUUUCCGUUCCAACUCGAGUGUCGGAGUGAGAAGCAUAGGGAAGUCUUGCAGCGAGAGGCGAGGGAGGCGUCGGAGGCGUUGAGUAGUGGGAGUAGAUAG